AUGAUUCUCUACCUCUUCCCUCCAGGCGUCCCACGCAUAUUCAAGGAUAAAAAGGAUGAUUUCUUCUGGCAAGUCUUUGAAUCUGGCCAUGAUGGGCUAGCCUCCUUUGUUAUCCUACCUGCGAUCGACCGUCCAAGCUGGGGAUAA